AUGGCGUCAUUCCACCUGAAAAGUGUCCUUUUUGUUGUAGCCAUGUUUACCAUUUUUUUGAUGGCUCAAGCUAGUGAUCCAGAUAUCUUGUCCGACUUCACUGUUCCUCCAGGAAGCGCGAUAGAUGGGAACUUAUUUACCUUCACAGGCACGCGUGGAGUUUUUGGCAGUGUCAUUGAGAAGUUGAAAGUAACAAAAGCUAGCAAGGCAGAGUUUCCAAUUUUGGAUGGUCAGAGUGUUUCAUUGGCAGUACUUCAGUUUCCAGGAGGAGGUGUCAACCCGCCCCACACCCAUCCUCGCGCAGCUGAGCUGCUAUUCGUCGUUCAAGGUAGUCUCGAGGUUGGAUUUGUGGACACCAGUAACAAGCUUUACACUCAGACUCUUCAAGUUGGGUACUUGUUUGUGUUCCCAAAAGGAUUAGUGCAUUAUCAGUAUAAUUCUGAUUGGAAUAAAUCAGCUACAGCUGUUUCUGGUUUUGGUAGUGCCAAUGCUGGAACUGUUUCGCCAUUGUUUUCUACAGGGGUCGAUGAUCACAUUCUUGCUAAGUCAUUCAAGUCUGAUGUUACCACUAUUCAGAAAAUCAAGGCUGGUCUUUCAUCUUAGGAAAUUUCUGCAUUUUCACUACUAAGUUUUUGUGAGUGA